AUGGCAACGAAAUCCGCAACUCCAGCCACAGCUGAUGAGCAGCCGCUACAAAAUCCAGCUUCUGAAAGCAAAUGUAGCGAGCAGUUUGGCGGCUCCAUAUCAGCCCCGGAGUGUAAAAAGCAUAGCUUGCAAGCUCCCGUUCCCAUUCAGCAAUCCGCGGAUACCUCUCUUGACGGCUACGAAACCAUUCCUCGACGACGUUCAGCUGGUGCUGCAGACCCAGUGCUCGAAUCUUCUAAAGCACUUAGGAAAAUUUCCGAAGCGCUCGGUACGUCUUUUAUCUUCACAUACACAUUUCAGCAAGUUGAACAACGAUACGCAACGUCUGCCAUCUAA